AAAAUGGAAUACGAUGGUGUUGGGUGUGGAGUGUGGAUUGUGGACUCUGUCUUCGCCUGUAACUCUUUGACAACAUGGACGCAGACACCUAUUUAGGAGACCCUCUCUUCUUCUUUUCUUCUUCUCUCAUCUCUCUCUCUCUCUCUCUCUCUCUCUCCAGCACCGGCUACACCUUCCCUGCUUCUACCUUCACAUUCUCUAUUUUUUUUUCUUCUGGGUCUGCCCAAAAUUUGGGGAGUGGAGCUUGAUGUGAUCACUGAUAUUGGGGAGGAAAACCUUAUUGAUUUUGCAAAUGCUAAAUAUUGGUAGGUCCCGAAGUCAGCCAAGGGCAACCCGAGCUAUGUCGUUGGGAGGCAUGGACUAUGUGGAUCCAAAAAGGAAGGGCAAUUAUUUUGGAAAAAUUUUGCUUGCUGCAGCAUUAACAACAUUAUGCAUUAUCAUGAUCAAGAGAUCUCCAUCGUUGAAUUCACCUAGUCCGUUUUCCAUUCGUGAACCAGGGGUCACUCACGUUUUGGUGACAGGGGGUGCCGGAUAUAUUGGUUCACAUGCCGCCCUGCGACUCCUGAAAGACAAUUACCGUGUCACCAUAGUGGAUAACCUUUCACGAGGAAAUUUGGGUGCUGUGAGGGUUCUUCAAAACUUAUUUUCGGAACCUGGAAGGCUUCAAUUUAUAUAUGCUGACUUGGGAGAUCCAAAAUCUGUUGAUAAAAUAUUCUCGGAGAAUAAAUUCGAUGCUGUCAUGCACUUUGCUGCUGUCGCAUAUGUCGGAGAAAGCACAAUGUAUCCUCUUAAGUAUUAUCAUAAUAUCACAUCAAAUACUUUGUUGGUAGUGGAGAAUAUGGCCAAGUAUGGUGUGAAGACAUUGAUAUAUUCUAGCACAUGCGCCACAUAUGGGGAACCUGAAAUGUCUUUGAUAGAUAUGGGUAUUUUCCAAUGUCAGCAUCCAAUUAAUCCAUAUGGAAAAGCCAAGAAGAUGGCAGAAGAUAUUAUCAUUGAUUUUUCCAAAAAUUCGAAGAUGGCAGUAAUGAUUUUGAGAUACUUCAAUGUGAUUGGAUCUGAUCCCGAGGGCAGAUUAGGUGAGGCUCCAAGACCUGAACUACGCGAGCAUGGUCGUAUUUCAGGUGCCUGCUUUGAUGCAGCUCGUAGUAUUACAUCUGGCUUAAAGGUUAAAGGAACAGAUUAUAAAACACCAGAUGGAACAUGCAUUCGGGAUUAUAUUGACGUAACUGACUUGGUUGAUGCUCAUGUAAAAGCUCUUCAAAAGGCAGAACCUGGUAAAGUUGGGAUCUACAAUGUUGGCACCGGAAAGGGUAGAUCAGUCAAGGAGUUUGUGGAUGCUUGCAAGAAGGCUACCGGGGUGGACAUUAAGGUAGACUAUCUUCCGCGCCGGCCAGGUGACUAUGCCGAGGUGUAUAGCGAUCCAACAAAGAUCAGAGUCGAACUGAAUUGGACUGCGCAACACACUGACCUCGAGAAGAGUUUGCAGGUUGCAUGGAAGUGGCAGAAAUACCACCGUGACGGUUACGGGAUCGCCUCUGCAAUCUGAAGCUUUCUAGAAAGCUUUUUAGCAUAGCAAACCAUAUCAGCUGCCCCUUUGAUUGCUCUCAUACAUGUAUGUUAGGCUGAUUUUUUGUUCAUAUAGAGAGGGUUGGUAGCUUCAUUCAUUAUUAUACUUACAUGUAAUUCAACCACACAAUGAUUCAAUAAUAUAAUGAAUGCUCUGGCUAAUGCAGCAUUGACCAGAAUUUACUUAAA